AUGACAUUAUUGACGUUUUUUUACGUGGCAUCCAUAGUGGCUAUUUUUUACCAACCGUGUCAUGGGCAGGAGGCCAACUGUUCAGGAGUUCCAGGAAUCCCAGGGACCCCAGGAGCUAAUGGGCUGCCUGGAAGAGAUGGACGGGAUGGCAUGAAAGGGGAUCAGGGACCACCAGGCCGUGCAGCUUUUCUCGAUUCAGACGUGCAGAAAGUGCUCAGAAAUCUGGGGGAAAGGAUCAUGAAGCUUGAAGGAGUUCUGGCCUUGAGGGGUCUGAUAAAUAAGGUGGAGGACAAAAUAUUUAGUACCAAUGGGAAGUCAGUUGGCUUUGACGCGAUAAUCCAGACAUGUCAGCUUUCAGGGGGAUCCAUCGCAAAGCCCAUGAAUGAAAAGGAGAACAAUGCUAUUUUGAAAAUUGUGAAAGAACAAAAUCAAUACACCUACUUGGGAAUUAAGGAGAGCUCAGUUCCCGGAGCCUUUGAGUAUUUCAAUGAAACGCCUGUGAAUUAUACCAAUUGGCGUCUAUAUGAACCAAAUGGAAAAGGGUCAGAAAAUUGUGUUGAGAUGCAAACCGAUGGAAGUUGGAAUGACAAAAAAUGCAACCAGUAUCGUCUCGUUAUCUGUGAAUUUUAA